AUGGGAAAAAUCAAGUUGAAGACACCGGAGGAGGCAAUGGAGUUGAUAGAAAACAUGGCAGCCAAUGAUCAUGCCAUCCUUCGUGAUCGAGCAUACACGCCAACAAAGAGAAGCCUUUUGGAACUCACAGCCCAAGAUGCAACAUUGGCCCAAAACAAGCUAUUAUCCCGACAGAUAGAGACCCUAACAGAGACCCUCAACAAGCUUCCACAACAACUAACUAGGGUGUACCCCUCGAAUCUCCCCAACAAUUGGUAUCAAAGCCAGGUUCGAGUUGGUGACCGGCUUAGACGAGUAUACAUGUACCGUAGGUGGCCAGAAUGGCUAGCGGCACAACGUGCCCCGCAGGUGGAGCGGGCGACCAGAAUGGCUAGCAGGUGUACCCCUCGAAUCUCCCCAACAGAGAUAACCCUACCAUUUGGGGAAGCUUUACAACAGAUACCGCUCUACACCAAAUUCAUGAAGGACAUCCUCACCAAGAAAGGGAAGUACAUUGACAGUGAAAGCAUUAUGGUGGGAGGCAACUGCAAUGCAAUGAUACAGAGGAAGCUUCCCGAGAAAUUCAAAGACCCCAAGAGCGUGACAAUCCCUUGCACCAUAGGGAAUGAGUCAGUAGGGAAGACUCUUAUUGAUUUAGGAGCAAGCAUCAACUUGAUGCCCCUGUCAUUGUGUAGGAGAAUUGGAAACCUGAAGAUAAACCCUACCAAGAUGACGCUCCAACUCACAGAUCGGUCAAUCACCAGACCAUACGAGGUAGUGGAAGAUGUCUUGGUCAAAGUCCACCAUUUUACCUUCCCGGUAGAUUUUGUCAUCAUGGACAUAGAAGAUGCAGAAAUUCCUCUUAUCCUAGGAAGACCCUUCAUGUUAAUUGCCAACUACGUGGUAGAUAUGGGGAAUUGCAAUCUAGAAAUGAGUAUCAACGACUAA